GCCUCUGCGCGCAACUGUCGCUUCCGUCGUCUCCGCUCCUACCGCCGCUCUCCCGCCCCGACCUGCCCCCGCGAUGCUGGCGCUGCGCUGCGGCCCUCGCCUGCUCGGCCUGCUCCCGGUCCCGCGCUCCGCGCCGCUGCGCCUCCCCGCGCUCCGCGCUUGCAGCACCAGCAGCGGCGGCGGCGGCUCCCGGGACUCGUCCUCCGCUUCCCGGAACCCGCUCGUGUACCUGGACGUGGGCGCCGACGGGCAGCCGCUCGGCCGCGUGGUGCUGGAGCUGAAGGCAGAUGUCGUCCCAAAGACAGCAGAGAACUUUAGAGCCCUGUGUACCGGGGAGAAGGGCUUCGGCUACAAAGGCUCUACCUUCCACAGAGUGAUUCCAUCCUUCAUGUGUCAGGCCGGCGACUUCACCAACCACAAUGGCACCGGGGGCAAGUCCAUCUAUGGAAGCCGCUUUCCUGAUGAGAACUUCACACUGAAGCACGUGGGACCAGGUGUCCUGUCCAUGGCAAACGCAGGCCCCAACACCAACGGCUCCCAGUUCUUCAUCUGCACCAUAAAGACAGACUGGUUGGAUGGCAAGCAUGUCGUGUUCGGCCAUGUCAAAGAAGGCAUGGAUGUCGUGAAGAAAAUCGAAUCUUUCGGUUCCAGGAGUGGGAAGACGUCCAGGAAGAUCGUCAUCACAGACUGUGGCCAGUUGAGCUAACCGGCCUCGGCCACAGGGUGCUGGGCUGGUAGUGGCCGCCCACGUGGUGACACACCGAGGUGGCCACGUCGGACGCCAGCAACAGUGCCCCGUCCGGUUGCCUGUGUUCAUGCCGCUGUCACUGUGUGCUGGAGGAAGGCCUCUGCGGAGCGUCCGCUCUCCACCGGGCCCGCCACGCUGCUUCCCCAGUGUCCGCCCCCCCUCACCGCCCCAUUUCUGGACGAGUAUCACGGACAUGAUGUCACCACUCCUCAUCAGGCCUUCUCUGUGAUCCCCCAGCCCAAGUUCACCCGUGCCUUGGACUUCGGGGGGGUGGUGAUGGCUCAGCUUUGGGGACAGGUUUCUGCCUUUUCCUCGGCCGAGCGGGGAAAGCCAGCCGCCGCAAAAGGGCCAUUAUAUCUGGGUAGUGACCUCUUCUAAUUGGAAUAAUUUGACUAGCAAGAUUGCCAAGAAAUGAAGCUGUGACACUUAACUACUCCGUGCCAUGGCAGGACCCCACUUGGUGGCCGAAGCCACAGAACCCCAGAGCCUGGCCUUUGGAACGUAGUUGGGGCUUUUGUGCACGGUCCUCGGCCACGGCAUUUACCCCCGGCCACUGUGAAUCCUCUUGGUUUGCUGCUGGGGUUUUUGAGGAAGGGUCCGUGGGGGUAGAAGCAGACGAACCUGGGAACAAACCCACUGCGUACUGUGCCUAGUCCGUGAAUUGGUGAAGAAUGGAAAUGGCCCAAACGUGCUCUGGAAGAAAGCAAACAUGUCUUUUCUGGAGGGCUUUGAUUUUUCUGUGUUUAAUAUAUCUACUGAUUUUGUAUAUAGUACACUUGUGGGACAUUUAUUUGUGUUCACUUGAAAUGUGAAAAUAAAUCCUAUUUUCUAUGAAAGACUA